GGAGCCCGAGCCGAGCCGAGCCGGAGCCGAGACGGCCGCGGCGCCGUGCGAUGCGGGGAUCGCGCCCCCGGGGCUCCUGAGCCUGCGCCCGUGCCCAGAGCUGGUGCCGAGCCGUGUCCGCGCCCAUCGCAGCCACCCGCCGGGGGCCAGGCGGGGACCCGCAGCUUCCCCCCAAGCACUGAGGACACCCUGUGCCCCAGAAGCAGGAUGAGAAGAUGGCAAACUUCCUCUUACCUCGGGGCACCAGCAGCUUCCGCAGGUUCACACGGGAGUCCCUGGCAGCCAUUGAGAAGCGCAUGGCGGAGAGACAAGCCCGAGGCUCGGCCACUUCACAGGAGAGCCGUGAGGGGCUACCCGAAGAGGAGGCUCCCCGGCCCCAGCUGGACCUGCAAGCCUCCAAAAAGCUACCAGAUCUCUAUGGCAAUCCACCCCGAGAGCUCAUUGGGGAGCCCCUGGAGGACCUGGACCCCUUCUACAGCACCCAAAAGACCUUCAUCGUACUGAACAAGGGCAAGACCAUCUUCCGGUUCAGUGCCACCAAUGCCUUGUACGUUCUCAGCCCCUUCCACCCUGUCCGCAGAGCAGCUGUGAAGAUUUUGGUUCAUUCGCUCUUCAGCAUGCUCAUCAUGUGCACCAUCCUGACCAACUGUGUGUUCAUGGCCCAGCAUGACCCUCCGCCCUGGACCAAAUAUGUUGAGUACACCUUCACUGCCAUUUACACCUUUGAGUCUCUGGUCAAGAUUCUGGCUCGAGGCUUCUGCCUGCACGCAUUCACCUUCCUCCGGGACCCAUGGAACUGGUUGGACUUCAGUGUGAUCGUCAUGGCGUAUGUAUCAGAAAAUAUAAAACUAGGCAAUUUGUCGGCUCUUCGAACUUUCAGAGUCCUGAGAGCUCUAAAAACUAUUUCAGUUAUCCCAGGCCUGAAGACCAUCGUGGGGGCCUUGAUCCAGUCUGUGAAGAAGCUGGCUGACGUGAUGGUUCUCACCGUCUUCUGCCUCAGUGUCUUUGCGCUUAUUGGCCUGCAGCUCUUCAUGGGCAACCUGAGGCACAAGUGUGUGCGCAACUUCACGAUGCUCAGUGACACCAAUGGCUCUGUGGAGGCCGAAGGCCUGGUCUGGAAGUCAUUGGACCACUACCUCAAUGAUUCAGCUAAUUACCUGCUCAAGAAUGGCACCUCCGAUGUGCUGCUGUGCGGGAACAGCUCGGAUGCUGGGACAUGUCCCGAGGGCUACCGAUGCCUAAAGGCAGGUGAUAACCCUGACCACGGCUACACCAGCUUCGACUCCUUUGCCUGGGCCUUCCUCGCACUCUUCCGCCUGAUGACACAGGACUGCUGGGAGCGCCUCUACCAGCAGACCCUGAGAUCUGCAGGGAAGAUCUACAUGAUAUUUUUCAUGCUUGUCAUCUUCUUGGGCUCCUUCUACCUGGUAAACCUGAUCCUGGCUGUGGUUGCUAUGGCCUAUGAGGAACAAAACCAAGCCACUAUUGCGGAGACUGAGGAGAAAGAGAAGCGCUUUCAGGAGGCCAUGGAGAUGCUCAAGAAAGAGCAUGAGGCCCUCACCAUCAGGGGUGUGGAUACUGUGUCCCGCAGCUCCAUGGAGAUGUCUCCUUUGGCCCCAGUAACCAACCAUGAGAGAGGGAGCAAGAGGAGAAAACGAAUGUCUUCAGGAACAGAGGAGUGUGGAGAUGAACGGUUUCCCAAGUCUGACUCAGAAGAUGGUCCCAGAGCAAUGAAUCACCUCAGCCUCAGCAGGAUGUCAGUGAAGCCACGCUCCAGUCGAGGGAGCAUUUUCACCUUUCGCCGACGAGACCUGGGCUCUGAGACCGACUUUGCAGAUGAUGAGAACAGCACGGCUGGGGACAGUGAGAGCCACCGCACAUCUCUGCUAGUACCCUGGCCACUGCGCCGGCCAAGUGCCCAGGGACAGCCUGGUCCUGGGGCCUCUGCUCCUAGCCACAACCUCAACAGCAAGAGAAACAGUACUGUGGACUGCAACGGGGUGGUCUCCUUGCUGGGGGCAGGUGAUGCGGAGGCCACAUCUCCAGGGAGCCACCUGCUCCGCCCUGGGAUGCUGGAGCACCCCCCAGACACGACCACACCUUCAGAGGAUCCAGGUGGACCCCAGAUGCUGACCCCUCAGGCUCCAUGUGCAGAUGGCUUUGAGGAGCCAGGAGCGCGGCAGCGGGCGCUCAGCGCUGUCAGCGUCCUCACCAGCGCGCUGGAAGAGUUGGAGGAGUCUCACCGCAAGUGUCCCCCAUGCUGGAACCGCUUUGCUGAGCGUUACCUGAUCUGGGAGUGCUGUCCAAUGUGGAUAACCAUUAAGCAGAAAGUGAAGUUCGUGGUCAUGGACCCGUUCGCUGACCUCACCAUCACCAUGUGCAUUGUGCUCAACACGCUCUUCAUGGCAUUGGAGCACUACAACAUGACAACUGAGUUUGAGGAGAUGCUGCAGGUUGGAAACUUGGUCUUCACAGGGAUCUUCACAGCAGAGAUGACGUUCAAGAUCAUCGCCCUCGACCCUUACUACUACUUCCAGCAGGGCUGGAACAUCUUCGACAGCAUCAUCGUCAUUCUUAGUCUCAUGGAGCUGGGCCUGUCCCGCAUGGGCAACCUGUCAGUGCUGCGCUCCUUCCGCCUGCUGCGGGUGUUCAAGCUGGCCAAGUCUUGGCCCACCCUGAACACACUCAUCAAGAUCAUCGGGAAUUCAGUAGGGGCGCUGGGGAACCUGACGCUGGUGCUGGCCAUCAUUGUGUUCAUCUUUGCUGUGGUGGGCAUGCAGCUCUUUGGCAAGAACUACUCAGAGCUGAGGUACCGCAUCAGUGACUCAGGCCUGCUGCCCCGCUGGCACAUGAUGGAUUUCUUCCAUGCCUUCCUCAUCAUCUUCCGCAUCCUCUGUGGCGAGUGGAUCGAGACCAUGUGGGACUGCAUGGAGGUGUCCGGGCAGUCGUUGUGCCUGCUGGUCUUCUUACUUGUUAUGGUCAUUGGCAACCUUGUGGUCCUGAACCUCUUCCUGGCCUUGCUGCUCAGCUCCUUCAGUGCGGACAACCUCACAGCCCCUGACGAGGAUGGGGAGAUGAACAACCUGCAGCUGGCCCUGGCCCGCAUCCAACGGGGCCUGCGCUUCCUCAAGCGGACCACCUGGGACUUCUGCUGUGGGCUCCUGCGGCAGCAGCCUAAGAAGCCUGCGGCCCUAGCCUCCUGCAGUCAACGGCCCAGCUGCAUGGCCAGCCCCAGCUCCCCACCACCACCGGAAAUGGAGAAGGCACCCGCAACCCGCAAGGAAACACGCUUUGAAGAGGGCAAUCGCCCUGGGCAGGGACCCCCCGGGGAGCCAGAGCCUGUGUGUGUGCCCAUCGCUGUUGCUGAGUCAGACACAGAUGACCAGGAGGAUGACGAUGAGAACAGCUUGGGCACUGAGGAAGAAUCCAGUAGGCAGCAGGAAUCUCAGCCUGUGUCUGAUGGCCCAGAGCACUCCCAGGAGCCCAGGGCCUGGAGCCAGGGGUCUGAGACCACCUCCUCUGAGGCUGAGGCCAGGGCAGCUCGGGCAGACUGGCAGCAGCAGCAGAAAGCGGAGCCCCAGGCCCCAGGGUGUGGUGAGACCCAUGAGGACAGCUACUCUGAAGGUAGCACAGCUGACAUGACCAACACUGCGGACCUCCUGGAGCAGAUCCCCGACCUUGGCGAGGAUGUCAAGGAUCCAGAGGACUGCUUCACAGAAGGCUGCAUCCGGCGCUGUCCCUGCUGUGCAGUGGACACCACACAGUCCCCCGGGAAGGUCUGGUGGCGACUGCGCAAAACCUGCUAUCGCAUCGUGGAGCACAGCUGGUUCGAGACGUUCAUCAUCUUCAUGAUCCUGCUCAGCAGUGGAGCACUGGCCUUCGAGGACAUCUACCUGGAGGAGCGCAAAACCAUCAAGGUGCUGCUGGAGUAUGCUGACAAGAUGUUCACUUACGUCUUCGUGCUGGAGAUGCUGCUCAAGUGGGUGGCCUAUGGCUUCAAGAAGUACUUCACCAACGCCUGGUGCUGGCUAGACUUCCUCAUUGUGGAUGUCUCACUGGUCAGCCUGGUGGCCAACACCCUGGGCUUCGCUGAGAUGGGCCCCAUCAAGUCACUGCGGACACUGCGUGCCCUCCGUCCCCUGAGAGCCUUGUCACGAUUUGAGGGCAUGAGGGUGGUGGUUAACGCCCUGGUGGGCGCCAUCCCAUCCAUCAUGAAUGUCCUGCUCGUCUGCCUCAUCUUCUGGCUCAUCUUUAGCAUCAUGGGCGUGAACCUCUUUGCGGGGAAGUUUGGGAGGUGCAUCAACCAGACUGAGGGAGAUCUGCCUUUGAACUACACCAUCGUGAACAACAAAAGCGAGUGUGAAUCCUUCAACAUGACUGGCGAGUUGUACUGGACCAAGGUGAAGGUCAACUUUGACAAUGUGGGGGCUGGGUACCUGGCCCUCCUGCAGGUGGCAACAUUUAAAGGCUGGAUGGACAUCAUGUACGCAGCUGUGGACUCUAGAGGGUAUGAAGAGCAGCCCCAGUGGGAAUACAACCUCUACAUGUACAUCUACUUUGUCGUUUUCAUCAUCUUCGGGUCCUUCUUCACCCUGAACCUUUUCAUUGGUGUCAUCAUUGACAACUUCAACCAACAGAAGAAAAAGUUAGGGGGCCAGGACAUCUUCAUGACAGAGGAGCAGAAGAAGUACUACAAUGCCAUGAAGAAGCUGGGCUCUAAGAAGCCCCAGAAGCCCAUCCCACGGCCCCUGAACAAGUACCAGGGCUUCAUAUUUGACAUCGUGACCAAACAGGCCUUCGACGUCAGCAUCAUGUUUCUCAUUUGCUUGAACAUGGUGACCAUGAUGGUGGAGACUGAUGACCAAAGCCCUGAGAAAGUAAACAUCUUGGCCAAGAUCAACCUGCUUUUUGUGGCUAUCUUCACAGGCGAGUGCAUCGUCAAGAUGACUGCCCUGCGCCACUAUUACUUCACCAACAGCUGGAACAUCUUUGACUUCGUGGUUGUCAUCCUCUCCAUUGUGGGCACUGUGCUCUCUGACAUCAUCCAGAAGUACUUCUUCUCCCCGACGCUCUUCCGAGUCAUCCGCCUGGCCCGAAUUGGCCGCAUCCUCAGAUUGAUCCGUGGGGCCAAGGGAAUCCGCACGCUGCUCUUUGCCCUCAUGAUGUCCCUGCCUGCCCUCUUCAAUAUUGGGUUGCUGCUCUUCCUCGUCAUGUUCAUCUACUCCAUCUUUGGCAUGGCCAACUUUGCUUAUGUCAAGUGGGAGGCUGGCAUUGAUGACAUGUUCAACUUCCAGACCUUUGCCAACAGCAUGCUGUGCCUCUUCCAGAUCACCACCUCAGCCGGCUGGGAUGGCCUCCUCAGCCCCAUCCUCAAUACAGGACCCCCCUACUGUGACCCCAAUCUGCCCAACAGCAAUGGCUCCCGGGGCAACUGUGGGAGCCCAGCUGUGGGCAUCCUCUUCUUCACCACCUACAUCAUCAUCUCCUUCCUCAUCGUGGUCAACAUGUACAUCGCCAUCAUCCUGGAGAACUUCAGUGUGGCCACAGAGGAGAGCACUGAGCCCCUGAGUGAAGAUGACUUUGACAUGUUCUAUGAGAUCUGGGAGAAGUUCGACCCAGAGGCCACCCAGUUCAUCGAGUACUCAGCCCUAUCCGACUUUGCAGAUGCCCUAUCUGAGCCUCUCCGUAUCGCCAAGCCCAACCAGAUCAGCCUCAUCAACAUGGACCUGCCCAUGGUGAGUGGAGACCGCAUCCACUGCAUGGACAUCCUCUUUGCCUUCACCAAGAGGGUCCUGGGGGAGUCUGGGGAGAUGGAUGCCCUAAAAAUCCAGAUGGAGGAGAAGUUCAUGGCAGCCAACCCAUCAAAGAUCUCCUAUGAGCCCAUCACCACCACGCUGCGGCGCAAGCAUGAAGAAGUGUCAGCCACAGUCAUCCAGCGGGCCUUCCGGAGGCACCUGCUGCAGCGUUCUGUGAAACAUGCCUCCUUCCUCUUCCGGCAGCAGGUGGGCAGCAGCGGCCUCUCGGAAGAGGAUGCCCCUGAGCGAGAGGGCCUCAUCGCCUACAUGAUGAACGAGAACUACUUCUCCCAGCACAACGGGCCGCCCUCCAGCUCCUCCAUUUCCUCCACAUCCUUCCCACCCUCCUACGACAGUGUCACCAGGGCCACUAGUGAUAACCUCCAGGUGCGGGUGUCUGACUACAGCCACAGUGAGGAUCUUGCAGACUUUCCCCCAUCCUCAGACAGAGACCGAGAGUCAAUAGUAUGAGCCCAGCCCCACCGGCCAGGACACAUGCUCUUGUACCUUGGCAAAUCUGAAUGCAGUCAAAACCAGCAUGCAGGGGCCUUCCUGGCCUUCGGCUUCAGGGGUAAGAGAUGGGCUCAGCCUGCGGCUCCACAUGGUGGAGCUCUGUGGUGUUGCCAUCAGCCGGAAGCAGCAAAGGAGCCCACUGUUCUGGAGGCUGUCCCUGGAGCUCUGUGCAAACCAGGGGCCUGGCCUGGCCAGGCAGCACCCUGGGCUCUGCAAAGCAUCAUCAUCACAGCUGUUGAGGUGAAACAUAAAAUAGACUAUGCGUGUUGUGAACAGGCUUUCGUAAAUUUAUUAUAUUUGAUAUUUUUUUUACUCGAGCAAAGGACUAAUGUUUUUUCCAUAGAUGUUGGCAGCCAUUCAAGCUGCGUCUUCUUAAUCCCAAACAGGAGUGUCUAAGAAACUGCCAGAUUCUGUCUGCAAAGCAAAACCGGGAUGCAGUAUGGCUCCCGGGGGCCUUCCCCACCGAGGAGGGGCAGGUCCUCUGCUGCUUGGGCUGAGUAGCCAGGGGAUGAGGCACAUUCACAAGUGUGUACACACACUCCUCCCACACGAGGCCAGACCCAGGCCCCAGAGGGCCCGGGCUCCCCCUGUUCCCGCCUCCUUGGGUUCUGUCAGCGGGGCUCAUUUUUGGCUUUCCAUUCUCCCCAGGGACCUGUUUUUCCCCUAUGUUUUUAUGCAGGCCAUACUGGUCAGUCUUAUGAAAAUAGAAAGCUUCCAGAAGACUGGCCUGGGCCCCAGCGCUGGUCUUGGACAUGGAUGCUGCCCUUCCAUCCCUCCUAUAAGAGUAUUAAGACUAUACCUGGUGAGAAUGAGGGCACAAGCCCCACUCACAGUUGGGCUUGCAGCUGUCCUUACUCACAGAACCUGACAGGUCUUGCCUGCCAGCACAGGAAUGAGAAGGCUGAGCCCUGAGGUCUGGGCUCAGUCUAUCCCUGCAUGUCUGUGGUGGCCUGCAGGACUGUAUGAAGAAAGGAAGCUGCUGCUCUCUGCUAGCCCCUCCCCAGAACUGUGCACUCUGGCCAUGUGCAGAGGGAACCCUGCCUAGGUCCCAGCCUUUCUCCUGAUGGACAUCCUCUUUGCCUUCACCAAGGCAGUGUGAUGAAUAGGGAGGAAACAGCUUCCAGGAUGGCCGGGCUGGUUCUUGUCUUUGGGAGGGGACAAAACUUUGACCUCCUCUGGAAAAGGAGGCCAGAGUCUGGUGCACCAUGUGCAGGACUUCCUUGGGACAGGGUUUGGGAUGCCUCAUAGGUCUCGCAAGAAGGCUUUUUCAGGGAAAAAACCUUACUAGUUCAAUUACCCCCAGGACCUCUAUAGCUGCUGACAAUCCUAUUUAGCAUAUGCAAAUCUUUUAAAGUAAAACACUGUCGCUGCUGCGAGGUGACAGGGUCGCUGGUGGAGCCUGAGCACACAGGAGCCCUGCUGUCCAGUCAGCUCCUCAGCAGAGCUGACCUCUGUGGGGUGUCCACCUCACAAGCCAGCUCAGUCUCACCUGCCUGCGCUAGGCUGGCUGCUCCUCACCUACCUCGCUGCACUGUCAGAGGGCUGGACAUUCAUGAUGCUCAUGGCUGUGCUGAAGGAGGGCAUUGCCAGCAAAUAAAGUAUUAUGUUUCCUCUUGUCACCCCGGUCCCCUAGGGGGCAACCCCACCCCCACCCGCCCCACUCCUACAGACUCCUCCCACGUUCCCUUCAAGUCCAGCGUGGGACUUGGUUUUAACUGUCCUGGUGACACUUUUCCGAAUGGAAAUCUUAUUUUUGUAGACCUGUGCUUGGCUUUCAAGGCUUGGAGAGGUGUGUCCUCAAUACCCCUGCACAGCAGGACCACAGCCAGGCCACCUGCCCACUGCUGGAAGGAGACUGGUUUGUGUGUGGACAGCCUGGGAGCCUCACACCUGUUCCAGGGCCGGCUGCAGGUGGCAGCCGAGGGCAGGGACAAGCUGGCUGAGCAGGUCAGUGUGGCACUCUUUUUUUCUCCAGAACUGCACGGUGACCAGCAGGAGGGGGAAAAGGAGGAGGAGGGGGAAGUGACAUGCCUCAAGUGCCAGAUGCUGUUGAACUAACUGAGCACUUCUCACCAAACUUCAUGUAUAAAUAAAAUACAUAUUUUUAAA